UGCGAGUCCAGGCGGAGCGGUCAUUGGGCGGGAGACCGCUGCCAUGAAUCCGUCAGGAAACAUUGGGGUCAUGGAGCAGAAUGGGGAUGACCACCUAGCCACCCCGAUUCACGGGCCCUCGGUGCAUUCGGAUAACCCGCAGGAGCGCAUCCAGGCCCGGCGCCUGCGCAUCGCCGCCCGCCAGGAAGCCCGAAAGCGGGAGGCCCUGGGAGAGUAUCUCGACGGAAAGAAGGAGAACGAGGAAGAGCAAAGCAGGAGCUACAAACAGAAGGAAGAGAGCAGACUGAAAUUGACUAAACUGCUGCUCUGUGGCACUGAGUUGGUAACAAAUAUCCAGGUGGCUACAGACAUCAGAGAGAUCCAUAGGAGAGUUGAAGAAGAGGAGGUUAAGCGUCAGCGACUCGAGAAGCUGGAGAAUGAAGUUAAGACCAGCCAGGACAAAUUUGAUGAAAUCACAGCCAAGUGGGAGGAGGGCAGACAGAAGCGGAUUCCUCAGGAACUGUGGGAGAUGCUCAACACUCAGCAGGUGCACUGUGCUGGCCUCAUAGAAGACAAGAACAAGCUCAUCAGCGAGCUGCAGCAGGAGUUAAAAAUAAAGGAUGACCAGUAUGUGAAGGACUUGAAGAAGCAGUCGGACGACAUCAGCCUGCUUCUGGAGAGGAUGGAGGAGCAAGUGAAGAACGUGAUGAAGAACUUCCGUCAGGAGCUGAUUCACAUCGAGAAAGCCUUUGAGUUGGAACGUCAAGAGCUACUGUCCAGUAAUAAGAAGAAAUGGGAGCGAGCACUGCAGGCUCACAAUGCCAAGGAGCUGGAGUACCUCAUCACCCGCAUGAAGAAGGUGGAGGACUAUGAGAAGCAGCUCAACAAGCAGCGGGCCUGGGACUGCGAAGAGUACAACACCAUCAAGAUCAAGCUCGAGCGGGACGUUCAGAUUCUCGAGCAACAGCUUCAGCAGAUGAAAGCAACUUACCAGCUAAACCAAGAGAAGUUAGAGUACAACUUCCAGGUCCUGAAGAAGAGAGACGAAGAGAGCACUGUGAUCAAGUCCCAGCAGAAGAGGAAGCUCAACCGCUUGCAUGAUGUCCUUAACAACCUGAGAACAAAAUACGCCAAGCAGAUAAAACAGUUUCAAGAGGAGAACCAGUCCCUGACCUCCGACUUCAAAAGGCUCGUGGGGCAGUUCAAGGAGCUACAGAGAGCCAUGAGACACUUCACCAUUAUCGACGCGGAAAAGUUUCGGGAGAUUUGGCUGAUGAACGAAGAAGAGGCGAAGGCGCUAGCGCAGAGAGCCUUUGACGUGGACUGCGUUAUCCAUGUUCAGCACCUGGGGCUGCCCUGGAAGAUGCCUGACUUUUGGUUCUUGCGGAAUGUGGGGCCAAUUUCCCUGCAGCAGCGGAAGUCAGCCGCACAGAUACUUGAAGAACUGCUGCUGCAGACAGAAGAUGGGACCGAAGAGGCCGUGUCAGAGGAUGAGUCUUACCUGGACCUGCCUAAGCAAGUUUCAGCAAAAACUACCAGAAGAAUCUUGAUGCUCCUGUGUGACGAGUCGGGUUUCCUCAUAGAGAGCAAACUGUUGAGCCUGCUCCUCCCCCUGGAGAAGAGUGAAUGCUAUCUGCUGAGGUUGGACGCCAUCUUCUCUGCCCUGGGAAUUGAAAGUGAGGAUGACCUGUACAAGCUGGUGAACUUCUUCCUUCGGUACCGGUCCCAUCGUUUAUCCUCUGCCAAGAGUACCUCCAUUUAUACGGAGCGCACAAGCCUGAUGUCCGCGCUGGAGCGUAUGAGCUUACUGUCCCAGGCGGACAGGAGGAGCCAGGUAUCCAAAUCAGAGGUGGAGUCCAUCGUCGAGCAGGAGACCCUGCAGGGAGGCGAUUACGAAAGCCUUGUGGACAAGGAGUUGAGAGAGAAGGAGGACCUAUCUUCUCCCAGGCUCAUCCACCCCAAUGAUGUCCUUAAGAUUCUGGAGGCCUUUGUCAUGGGGCUGAAGAAGCCCAAGGAAAUCCGGCCAGUAGUGAGGGUGAAGAAAGAUGUUCGCGAUAACUCCAGGGAUUCCGAGUAUUGGGAGUCCCUGGCCAUGGUUAUCCCUGUCUCCAAGCAAAGCCUCUGGGAUGCACUGUACAAGGCCUUGGAGAAAUAUUACCUCGUGCUGACCCAGAGGGCCAAGCUGCUGAUGGAGAAUGACUCUUUGGAGCAGCAGAACGCUGAGAUGCAGUCCCUGCUGCAGCAGUAUCUCCAGGCCAAGGUAAAUGCUGAACUGCAGAUUCCUCCAACACAAGGCUUCCGGAUGCCCACAAAAUAGAGGUGUAUCUGCAAAGUCUGGAGUCAGAGUCCACACUGGUCACCCUAGAGCCUGGGCCCACCCUGGGUCUUCCAGAUCUGGAUCUGCCUGCCAAAAUAAGGCAGCUGCAGUCCCCACAGUUCUAAUAAAGAUUUUGAAAGCUUA